AUGACUAAAUCAGUUAAACAAAAAACUAAGUCACUUGUCUUAUUUAUCUAUGUGAGCACUCUAUUUAUCACUUACUUAAGAACAUACCUAUCAUAUCGCAAAAUAAGCAAGAAAAGUGAAGGAAAGAAAGAAAAAAUGGUUUCAUCCCCAAUAAUAGAUCAUUUGAAGAACCAGCUUCCUCUUGAGCAAGAAUGUUUAGACCUAAGUGAAAAUCUUCGUUAUGGUCUGGUUCUUGUAGACAUCAUCAAUGGCUUCUGCACUGUUGGUGCUGGCCCUUUGGCUCCUGCAGAACAUAACAAGCAAAUUUCAGAAAUGAUCAAAGAAGCAGACAAGCUAGCAAAGUUGUUCAGUGAGAAAAACUGGCCAAUAAUGGCGUUUCUUGAUUCUCAUCAUCCUGAUGUACCUGAGUAUCCAUAUCCUCCCCACUGCUUGGCUGGUUCAGAAGAAUCAAAACUUGUUCCUGCUCUGAGUUGGCUAGAGGAAGAAUCAAAUGUGACCAUUAGGCGCAAAGACUGCUAUGAUGGAUUCAUAGGUUCCAUCCAAAAUGACGGCUCUAAUGUCUUUGUGAACUGGGUGAAAGCCAACAAGAUUGAAUCUCUGUUGGUAGUCGGAGUAUGCACAGAUAUAUGCGUGCUGGAUUUCGUCUGCUCAACAUUAUCAGCAAAAACUCGAGGCUUGCUCUCUCCUCUACAGGAUGUGGUGCUAUACUCUAAUGGCUGUGCCACAUUUGAUUUCCCUGUUGAAGUUGCUCAAACCAGUAAACAUGGUUUAGCUCAUCCCCAGGAGAUUAUGCACCAUAUGGGGCUUUACAUGGCUAAGGCACGGGGGGCGAAGAUAGUGAACAAUGUGUUCGCCGCAAAACCAUAAAAACGUCAAGCUUGCUCCUAAGAUUUGAACUCCAAACAGUUUGCGUCUGUAGCACAUCAUUAUGUAAUAAUUCCAUACUAGUAAGAUCCUGGAGCUACUAAUGCUCAACAUGAGAUGAGUUGCAUACGCUAAAAUAAAUUUCAAACCUAUAUAUACUGUGAUGUGACAAAGUUUAAGCUCAGACAAAUAAAUUUAUAUCAUUUCUCAGUAAGUUUUCUAUUUGUAA